ACGUAGUGUCAUCCCACGGCGAGGGCUAACGGGAUGUACCACGCUUCUGCGUCCCGACGUCGAUUUAGAGUGUGGUUGCGACGCUUGUGCCAACGCCGCGGCUGGAGGGACCCCAUGUACGAGGUCUACCGAAGCAGCUCCGGAUUCACCUGUCUCGUGCUCGUCAAUGGGCGAGAGUACCGUACCGACCUGGCGUACGAAUCGGAUCAGCUGGCGCAGGAGAACGCUGCCAUGCGUGCAUUCAUGGUGUGCCGCAACUUCUCUGUCAAUGGCGGGAUGCUGGCCAGGAACGGGGUCGUCCAGGGGCUGCCGGCCACUGAGGGCGGAUCGCGCCACAGGAAACGGGGUGGGGCCAGGCUCCCUAGCCGCCAUUCGCCCAGCCCGAGUAACAGCGACUCGACAUCGUCCUACGAAUAG